GUCCCCAAACCUGGUAGAACGAGAAACAAUCUUUUCCCCGGGAAAGCGCUGCUGACGAGCUUCGCGGAGGGGCCGGCCGUCGCGUGCGCGCUGCUCGUCGGAAUCAGCCUCCCUUGGCCCCUUUGUGCAGGUUUUUCCCCCCUCCCCUGCCCUUGGCUUGCAACUGAUGCUGCUGAUCCAGGAAGAGAAGACUGCCUCCUUGAACUGUUGAGCCCCAAUCGAACUGAGCAUUGGGGGCGGAGAGAGGGGGCUUCUCUUUGGGGGGGGGCUUUGUUUUAUCUAUCUAUUUAUUUAUUUAUUUAUUUAUGUAUUUAUUUUCCUUCUGCACCUCGGGUGUUUUUUGCAAGCAGCUGAGCUGGGGACUCUGAUGCACCCGUUCCAGUGGUGUAACGGAUGCUUCUGUGGUUUGGGGCUGGUUUACACCAACAAAUCCUGCACGAUGCCUCCCAUCACAUUCCAGGACUUGCCGCUGAAUAUCUACAUGGUGAUUUUUGGCACGGGGAUCUUCGUCUUUGUGCUCAGCCUCAUCUUCUGCUGCUACUUCAUUAGUAAACUUCGACAUCAGGCACAGAGUGAAAGAUUUGGAUACAAAGAGGUGGUUUUAAAAGGUGAUGCCAGAAAGCUAAACUUACAUGGGCAGACUUGUGCCGUCUGCCUAGAAGACUUUAAAGUGAAAGAUGAGCUGGGAGUGUUGCCAUGCCAACAUGCCUUCCACAGAAAGUGCCUCGUGAAAUGGCUGGAAGUUCGCUGCGUCUGCCCCAUGUGCAACAAGCCCAUCGCAGGCCCUGCAGAGCCUCACCAGAGCAUUAGCAUCCUCUUGGACGAGCUGGUGUGACGUCCAGCCUCCCACUUCCCCCCAAAGCAGACCUUCUAUUGACAUAGAUGAUUGCCUGGGCGAGGGGUCUGCACUAAAACUCAUGCCAACAGCUGCAGAGACUUCCCACUGGGGACUGUCUCCUCCUCGAAGGAGGCAACGGGGAAUUGUACCUAGUGCAACAAGCUGGCCUUGUUGUGCGUCCCCGGUCUGGGGGCAAAUUUUUGGGGGAGGUUGGUCAAACCUGUGCCAGGUUCUGCGU